GAAAGGACAGACGGAGAACCACAUUUCUAUCUGGGCCAAUAGCAGCAAAGCAGGUUUAAAGGCGUUGAGGACACGCGGUGGCCCAUCGCUUCCUGGUUAAAGAUGGCGGAUGAGAAUGAGACAGCACCGCAGCAGGAAAAAGAAGAUGUAGAAGACCACGCACACUGCAGCGACUGCGAAAAUGACGAGCAUCCAUUUGACGAUGGCGACCGGGGUUUGGGUGAUGACACUGGAACCAAGAAGAAGAAAAAGAAACAGAAAAAGAAGAAGAAAUCUGGUGCACCCGAAGCAACUCAGGACCCACUUGCAAAGGUGAAUUCAUUGCCAGCCGAUAAGCUUCAGGAGAUCCAAAAGGCCAUUGAACUCUUUUCUGUUGGCCAAGGUCCAGCCAAAACCAUGGAGGAAGCCACUCGGAGAAGUUACCAGUUCUGGGACACGCAGCCCGUUCCCAAACUAGGGGAGACGGUGACGUCUCACGGCUCCAUUGAACCUGACAAAGACAGCAUUCGAGAGGAGCCCUACAGCCUCCCACAGGGCUUCUGCUGGGACACCCUCGACCUGGGGAAUUCCGCUGUGCUUAAGGAGCUUUACACUCUUCUCAAUGAGAACUAUGUGGAAGACGAUGACAACAUGUUCAGAUUCGACUACUCUCCUGAGUUUCUUCUCUGGGCGCUGCGGCCUCCAGGCUGGUUGCCACAGUGGCAUUGUGGCGUGAGGGUGAACUCCAACCAGAAGCUGGUUGGAUUUAUCAGCGCUAUUCCAGCCAACAUUCGCAUCUAUGAAAUAGAGAAGAAAAUGGUUGAGAUCAAUUUCCUCUGUGUCCACAAGAAGCUUCGCUCCAAACGGGUCGCCCCGGUUCUGAUCAGGGAGAUCACUAGACGGGUCAACUUGCAGGGCAUCUUCCAGGCUGUGUACACAGCUGGAGUCGUGCUGCCCAAACCUGUGGGCACCUGCAGGUACUGGCAUCGCUCUUUGAACCCACGGAAACUAAUCGAGGUCAAGUUCUCCCAUCUGAGCAGGAACAUGACUAUGCAGCGCACAAUGAAGCUUUACCGCUUGCCUGAGGCCCCAAAGACUUCUGGUCUACGACCGAUGACCAAGAAGGAUGUGCCGGUGGUGCACCGCCUUUUCCGGGAAUACCUGAGCCAGUUCAACCUUGUGCCUGUCAUGAACCAGGAGGAGGUGGAGCACUGGUUUCUGCCUCAGGAGAACAUCGUUGACACUUACCUGGUGGAGUCGAAUGGAAAAGUGACGGACUUCCUGAGUUUCUACACCCUGCCCUCCACCAUCAUGAAUCAUCCUGUGCACCGGAGUCUGAAAGCAGCGUACUCCUUUUACAACGUGCACACCACCACCCCACUGCUUGAUUUGAUGUCUGAUGCUCUCAUUCUGGCCAAAUCGAAAGGCUUUGAUGUCUUUAAUGCACUGGACUUAAUGGAAAACAAGACUUUCUUGGAGAAGCUGAAAUUUGGUAUCGGAGACGGGAAUCUACAGUAUUAUCUGUACAAUUGGAAGUGUCCCAGCAUGGGGCCAGAGAAGGUUGGCUUGGUUCUGCAGUGACAGCUGAGCGCUGUGAGCACGGGUAACCAAUGGGACAAAAGAGCGCACUGUGGACUGAAGACUUCCUGCUGAGGAGAGGAAACUACCGCCCAUUUUUACUUUCUGACCUUCUGAACUCUGAGCUGCACUACCGCUGCCAGGCCUGGAGGCUGGGAAAGCCCGCAUCUUUCCACCCUCCCCGAUCACACGGACCUUAAGCCAUUCUAGUUACCAUCGCAGACAACUGUUAUUCCACCAGAAAGCUGUCUUGAUUGUACACAAAUCUGCAUCUGCUUGCACAGAUGACUGGCCACCAAAACACUCGCAGCUGGCAUAUCCAGAAAACCUCCAGAACCUGUAAAUAAUGUCAGACAUGACUGCGUUUGUGCCCUGAACACAUGCAGACUAGAAUCUUCUGUUUAAUUUUAUUCCUAAAUGUUGGAAAUGCUUUUUGCUAAUAAAAUAAAUCAGUCAUUCUUAAGUUUUAGAGCUAAAAAAAAACAAGAAAAAAAUAUUUUAACACGUUGAGAGGCCCUGAAAAAGAUGCGGUAAUAAAUACCAAAACUGGA